AUGCAGUUCAAAAUUUUGAUGGCUUUGAUUGUAACGUUCGUUGCCAUGAAUGAGAGCGUCCUCGCUCUUCCACUGGAGAAGAAGGCUGACAUCAACACAUUCGCAUCGGCGAUCAACAAUGCCGGACGUCUCCGAUAUGGAAAACGAUCGGAUCCAUCGGUUUGGGAGGACAAUAUGCCAAUCUUCCCAGCCGCCGAUCAGUACAUCUACACAGAGGAGGGACGUUAUCCAUACGCUCAAAUCAAGCGUGCCCUGAACACCGACUCUCUGGUUGCCUCUCUCAAUGGAGCUGAAAGAUUACGGUAG